UCACUGUGGCGAGGCAGGCAUACACCUCAGCCUCUAAUUGCAUGUCUGAUUUAGUUUGGAGCUAAUUGGAGAGAAAGAUGAAAAAAAAAAUGGCGAUUUCAAGAGUAGGGUUUUUUAUUAUUACGUGCAUGGCAUUACUCACUUGUGUUUACGCUCUUUUCUCAUCAAAAGAUUACCCUACCUCAACUUUCACCAAAUCAUUCUCACGUUUAUUUGGAAACGACCAUGUCGUUUUCCUCGACAACGAAGGGAAGUCGGUCCAAAUCUCCAUUGAUAGAAGUACAGGUUCUGGGUUCAUCUCGCAGAAAGUUUAUCUCCAUGCAUAUUUUAGUGCUUCCAUUAAACUCCAAGCAGGCUACACUGCUGGAGUUGUAACCACCUUUUACACAUCAAACGUAAACAUGUACGAAACUUCCUCUCAUGAUGAGCUAGACUUUGAGUUUUUGGGCAACAUUGAAGGCCAACAGUGGAUUGUCCAAACAAAUGUCUAUGGAAACGGAAGCAUAAAUAGGGGACGUGAAGAAAGGUACAACCUUUGGUUCGAUCCAACCCAAGAUUUCCAUGAUUAUGGUAUCCUUUGGACUCAUAAAUGGAUUGUGUUUUAUGUUGACAAUAUCCCAAUUAGAGAGAUGCAAAGGGUUGAUGCAAUGGGUGGAGAUUUUCCUUCUAAGCCUAUGUCUUUGUAUGCCACGAUAUGGGAUGGUUCUAGUUGGGCAACUGCGCCGAUUGAUUACACAUACGCCCCCUUUGUCGCCAACUAUUCAAAUUUUGUUUUGCAGGGAUGCUCUGUCGAUCCGAGCCAUAAACCACCCAAGUGUGAUGGUGAAUUUGAGUUGGGUUUAAGUUAUAAAGGUUUAACGAUUGAGGAAAGGACAAGAAUGAAAAAAUUUAGGUCGAAACAUAUGACGUAUUCUUAUUGCCAUGAUCGAAGUAGGUAUCCAUCUCCCUUGCCCGAGUGUGUAAUGAAUCCAGAAGAAGUAAGGAGUUAA